CGGGGACCUGAAGCAGGAUUUUUGUGUGCGUUUGCGGGGGAGGGAAGGGGGCUGUCCUAAAAUAUGCCGUAUUCUUAUGGUCUCCCUCUGGCCCCGCCACUCAACGCCAAAGCAUCUUAUGACCUGGAAUCUGUGUAUGUGCUAAAGGAAGUUCGGGGUUUGGCCGGGGCUGAAAGUACCCGUUGGCGGAGGAGAAGUCGGCCGGACCAUGUCGGCCUUCGAGAAGCCUCAGAUCAUUGCCCACAUCCAGAAGGGCCUCAACUACACGGUGUUUGACUGUAAGUGGAUGCCCUGCAGCGCCAAGUUUGUGACCAUGGGCAACUUCGCCCGGGGCACCGGCGUCAUUCAGCUGUACGAGAUCCAGCACGGGGACCUCAAGCUGCUCCGGGAGAUUGAAAAGGCCAAACCCAUUAAAUGUGGAACAUUUGGUGCAACAUCCUUACAGCAGAGAUAUUUAGCUACUGGAGAUUUUGCUGGAAACCUUCAUAUAUGGAAUUUGGAAGCUCCAGAGUACCCAGUGUAUUCCGUAAAGGCCCAUAAAGAAAUUAUAAAUACUAUAGAUGGUGUAGGUGGACUAGGAAUUGGGGAAGGAGCACCUGAAAUUGUGACUGGCAGCCGAGAUGGAACUGUGAAGGUGUGGGACCCAAGGCAGAAAGACGAUCCUGUUGCUAAUAUGGAACCCGUACAAGGAGAAAACAAGAGAGACUGUUGGACUGUGGCGUUUGGUAAUGCGUAUAAUCAAGAGGAACGUGUUGUUUGUGCUGGCUAUGACAACGGUGAUAUCAAACUGUUCGAUCUCAGAAGUAUGUCAUUGCGGUGGGAGACAAACAUUAAGAAUGGGGUAUGUAGCCUGGAGUUUGACAGAAAAGAUAUAAGUAUGAAUAAGUUAGUUGCUACGUCUCUGGAAGGAAAGUUUCAUGUUUUUGACAUGAGAACACAGCACCCAACCAAAGGUUUUGCUUCUGUUUCAGAAAAGGCUCAUAAAUCUACCGUGUGGCAGGUCCGACACCUGCCCCAGAACCGAGAGCUGUUCCUGACAGCGGGAGGCGCCGGCGGCCUCCACCUCUGGAAGUACGAAUACCCUGUUCAGCGGUCAAAGAAAGAUUCUGAGGGAGUAGAGAUGGGAGUUGCGGGUUCGGUCAGCCUUUUGCAGAAUGUUACGUUGUCUACCCAGCCCAUUUCCAGUUUGGACUGGAGUCCGGAUAAAAGGGGCCUCUGCAUCUGUAGCUCAUUUGAUCAAAUGGUGAGAGUACUGAUUAUUACAAAACUCCAUAAAAUUUGAUCUGAAGAUUUUGGACUUUGAAACCUUCCAGCGGAACACUCAGAAUUUAGAAUGUGCUCUGCAUCCUCUGACUCUCCUCGGCCAAGGCUGGAUUUGACUGGUGAAAGAGGCCCAGAUGCAAACCUCAGGCUCGCCUCUCUCGGUGUGGAAUGCCCAGCGGUGAGUUCCAGCCACCUGGAUGGUCCGUGGUUUGCUGCUGCACAGCGGGCACCACGGUCUCCAGAGCCAGCUCUGUUCCUCUCCCUCCAUUUCUGAUAA